GGGCUUGUAGAGAGGCGUUGCCGCAUAGUGUCUGCCUGGCAUAUUAAUAUAUCUUUAUAUGUGCUGCAGCACACUUACAUCACGCACUUCCCUCUCGCAGCUGACGUUACAUUCCACACCAGAAGAAGACGAAAAGAUGGCUAACUACAUCCAUGUACCCGAGGAGGCGCCGGCCGUGCCCAAGAUGGAGGUGACGGUGGACGAGAGCGACUACAGGAGCGGCGCCCUCAGCCUGAUGAAGGAGCUGAGACCCAACUGGAAGCCCUCCGAGGUCAAAUUGAAGUUCUUCACAGACGGCAUCACGAACAAGCUGCUGGGAUGCUACGUGGGCACGGCCCUGCAGGAUGUGGUCCUGGUCCGUAUCUAUGGCAACAAAACGGAACUGUUGAUCGACCGGGAAAACGAGGUCAAGAGUUUUCGCGUGCUGCACGCGCACCGCUGCGCCCCCCGCCUCUACUGCACUUUCAGCAACGGCCUCUGCUACGAGUUCCUGCAGGGGACGGCCUUGGAGCCCCAGCACAUUCGCAGCCAGCCCAUCUUCAGGCUCAUUGCCAGGCAGCUGGCCAAGUACCACGCCAUCCACGCUCACAACGGCUGGGUGCCCCAGUCCGACUUGUGGCUCAAGAUGGGCAAGUACUUCUCCCUCAUCCCCAAGCACUUCACCGACCCCGAGCAGAACGCAAGGUUGAAGACGGAGGUGCCCAGCCCACGCUGCCUCCGUGAAGAGCUGCUGUGGCUUCAGCAGAGCUUGUCGGUGCUGGGCUCCCCCGUGGUCCUGUGCCACAACGACCUGCUGUGCAAAAACAUCAUCUAUAACCAGCAGGCAGGGAACGUAAAGUUCAUCGACUACGAGUACGCUGGCUACAACUACCAAGCCUACGACAUUGGCAACCACUUCAACGAGUUUGCUGGCUUGAACGAGGUGGAUUACAGUCGCUACCCAGAUCGGGGGUUCCAGCUGGAGUGGCUGCGCUCCUACCUGGAGGCCUACAAGGAGCACAAGGGUCAGAGCAGGCAGGUGACUGACACCCAAGUGGAGCUCCUUUACGUGCAGGUCAACAGAUUUGCCCUGGCCUCACACUUCUUCUGGGCUCUCUGGGCUCUCAUCCAGGCCAAGUUCUCCACCAUUGACUUUGACUUUUUGGAGUAUGCUCUGGUGCGCUUUAAGCAGUACUUCAAGAUGAAAGCAGAAGUGACAACGUUGACGCUUCCAGAAUAGAGGAGACCGCCCCCCCCCACCACCACAACCACCACCACUUCCUCCGCCCACUUCCUGCUGCUCUUUCUGGCCCCCACCCUGCCGGUCUGUAAUUACAAGCACAGAGCGCCCCCUGUGGUGCACAUGAGAAGCCACUGCUUGGUGGACCUGCUAAUGUGAAUCCUGGCAGACACAAAAGGGACCUGGCACAGGUGAGCUAAUGGCGUCGCUGCCAUGGCAACCCCCUCCCCCGCCCCCCCCCUCCCGAGCCACACAAAGAAAGAGGCGGAAGCAUUAUUUUGGCCAAGAGGCGCCACACAGCUACGUUGGCAUUGCAGGGUUUUUUAGUGGGAAGCAAAGCAAAGUGUGGAGACUCACCUUUGAAGACUUUUAUUCCACUCACAAGCAGAGCUUCCAUGCAAACUCCGCUCUCUUCCGAGUCAUGUGACCUGUCGUCCACUUCCUGGCAGUAGUGAUGUGAUGGACUUGAUACAUCACUUUUUUUUUUUUUAUCUUUUCUCUGGCCGCUGUAGCAUAAUGUUUAUAAUGUACAGUCUACAUCUUAUUGCUGUUUGAAAUGUGCUAUUUUUUUUUUUUUUUUUUUUUUUAAGUGACUAGCAAGUGAGAUGUGAAAUAUGACUUUAAAUACUGUAAACAAGCUUGAGAAAAUUAAAACAUGUAUUUACUCUUA